UCGAUGGCAAAGCUUAUCCUGAAAGUAAACCACAUGCAACAAAAAAGCUGGCUAAAAAAGAGGCUGCAUUUCUUGCAUGGAUGGGACUCAAGGAAUCGCCUAGGAAUUGUCCGGAAAUCCCAAGUGGUUUCAUGCCUGGUUCCCAGAGAUCUUCUAUCUUGAGCCUUGGCAACAGGAUAUCUUCUGAAAGUGGUAUAUCUGGCACAGCAAGCAGCAGUUUUGAGGUUACUUUUCACACGUCAUGUCCGACACCUUCAAAUCCAGAAAGGAAAUCUGUAGAAAGAGGACUAGAUCGUUUAUCACUUACAGAUUCUCAGGUGUCAUCUCAAUCUUCCUCAAGUAGUGUUAGCAGUGGUUCGAACAGGUUUCAAAAUCCACUUAACGAUUUUAAGGAUGUCAGUAAACUAGAUUCGGGAUCAUUUGGCCGAGUAUUCAAAACAAGGAAGAUUCUGGAUGACAUGGACUAUGCUGUGAAAGAAAUACCUGUGAAACACAGG